AUGGACUUUAUAAAUCAAAGAGUUCAGAAUAAGGCCACUUUUAUCGACCAUAAUAGCAGUGCCACAAGAAAAGCAGAUAUAUUAGAAAUAAAGAACGAAAAGCCUCUUGCUCUAUUUUACCGCACUGAAAGAAAAAGCUUACGGCAAAAUAGUGUAGAACAAAAACAUAGUAAUUCAACUUUACCGCUUCCUUUUUUUGCUACUUCUACAGAUUAUACAAGUACCAUAUAUGACCUGUUUUAUGAUGAAAAUUCAUCAACAAUUGAUCAUACUUUAACAACAGAAACAUAUUUUACAAGUACAGAGUGGGAUAAUGUUACUGAGAUAACUUUCUUUGAUAAGAAAAGUACAUCAAGUGCGAAACCAUCUCAAAUGCCAAAGAAAAUUAAUAAAACAAAUAAGACGUGUCACUGUGAUUUACUAUAUAAGCAUUGUGAUAUUCAUUGUUGCUGUGACAAUGAUUGUUCAGAGAAAGACCACAAUGUAUUUAGAGGUUGUAAAGAAACCAGUGUAGGAUGUUUUGGUACUGAAAAAAAUGUGCAACAUCUAUGUUCUUUGCCUGCAUGUAAUGGAGGAUCAACUACAGAUUUGUUUCAUAAUUUAUUUUGCAUUGAUAAAGUCAAUCUGCCCGACAAAAGAAAAAUAAACAAAAACAAGUUUCAUACAAUAGACAUCAACAAGUUCUUAAAGUGGCAUACUAAUGACAAGGAUCAGCCUUUACAUGAGUUUACAAGAACUGAAUAUGAAUUGGGCCACCCCGUUUGGUUAUUAAGAAAUGAAACCCUCAAUAUUAUAAAACUUCCAACAACAGUAACUAAUCAGUACUGCAAUGGUCAGAGACAUAUGAAGUUUUUACAGAAUGAGCACAUAAAGUGCUAUGUGAAGAUAAAAGACCUUCAUAUGUUACAUAUUUUAGAAUUAGCUUCAAAAACAAAUGUUAUAAGCCCCAUGCAAGAAACAAGUAACAAUACUGCAUUGAACUGCACUACACUUCAUUGUACUCGUUGGACAAUUCUGGUUUGUGACGCCAGGACCUGUGUUUAUUAUAAUGAAGUAUUACAUGAACCAUCCUGCUCAAAUAGUUAUUGUAAUAACGUUGGCACAAAAGUUGAAUAUAUAUUGUACUGUAAUGGAUCUAUAAUCACAAAAGCAGUUCUUAAAUUUCAUGUUAGACAAGUUCCAGUCGCACACCAGUUUGUUACGCAAGAUAUUGUCGUGAAUUACUACAUGGGGAACGAUUCGGUCGACGACAUUGUUAAAUACAGUGGUAAUCCAGGUUACAUGAGAGGUUAUGAGGUUAUUGCCUCUUUUGCCGAAAACAACCAUACAAAGUUUUUCUAUAACCGAACUCAUGGAAAAAGAAGUCAUUUGUCCCUUCCGUACAAUGAAAAUGGACAAUGUUUGUCUACAAAUUUUACUUACAACAAGUUGAUAUUUGGCCAAAACAAACGCAUAAUAUGUAGAUUAAACUUAGAUAAAAAUUUUCUUAAACAUAAUAGAACAGAUCAAUGUUUGAAAAUUCAAGAAACAAUAAUCGAGUUGUUACAAUUAAAUAAGUCCAUCUUUAUUUCGCCGCGGGGCAACCCGAGUGAUAUUAGCGAUAUUGAAUGGAUAACUCUUAGGAAAUUUAACAAAAGCGAUAUUUACGGCCAAUAUCGUUCAAACGACUCGAAGUUUCUUUGUUAUAAUUUAAUAACAAGGUUUGCUUUUAUAUUCAUUUUUGCUGAUGAUAGCGUAGAUGUCACAGAGCAGUAUAAGAUUUUAAGCGCUAAAGUGGAAAGCACAGCACGGAAUGUCACAUUCAACACAGACUCCUUGUCAGUAAUAUUGACCGUUGACACGAGCUUUAUCGACGCCAGCGCGCCCGCCGCGCUCGAGUAUGGCGGCGCACCACAUUUGGACAUUCAUUUACCGAAAAACUUUUUCUUCCCAUCACAAUCGACCGCCUGCAAGGUUACUCUAGCAAAAUUUCUAUAUUUAAGUGCAAUUGUGUUUUUGAAUAAA